AUGUCCCUUCCCGGCCCUGCGAUCCUGCCGUCCGUGGACAUCACCGCCGAGCUCGACGAGCUUCUCGGCAAGCGAGGAGCUCCUCGGGUCCUGGGCAAGGCCAGGCUCGACACGGACGCAUUGGAAGGCUUCUUGAAGGAGGCCUAUCGCAUCAAUUCCCACAUCACGACCCUGCACAAAGAGUUGAGGGACGUCCGGCAAGCAUACCUCUCGACAGCGCAGCCGCGACGAGCGCACGGCACGCACGCACAAGGCCAGCCACGAGUCUUGACAGACCGCGAGCGGGAAGAUGUCGACGCGAAUGCGAAGCAGAUGAUCCGCGAGCUCAAUGCGAGCAUCCGAGCACUCGACGACGCCGAGCAGCUCCGCCGGGAGACCGAGUCGGCCAUCAUUCGCAAAAAGUACGCCGGCGGGCUGAGCGCCCUCAGCUCAUGGGCGUCUGGUGGCGAUAGCCUGGGCAGAUCGCCGGAGCAUGCGGCGGCAGAGGCGCAGGCGCAGCAGACGGGCAUGCACCGGGACGGCGUGCUGUGGUUUCUACGACAGAGGCUGGAGUCGUGCUGCCGCACGCAGCAGGACAUGAUGGAGACGAGACUGACGCGGGAGAUGGAGAAGACGCGCGGGCUGAUGGCUCCGCCGGCGGCCGACUUUGCCGAGUUUGCUCCCACGGCAACCAAACGACGGACUUCGACCGGGUCCACGGCGCAUCAAGAAUCCUCGGCCGCGUACCAGGACCUGACGGAGGAGCAGGUCCAGAUGUUUGAGGAAGGGAACCAGGACAUGAUGAAACACUACGAAAGCACGAUUGGCAAGGUCAGGACGGCGGAGAAGUCGUUGCUGGAAAUCUCGGAGCUCCAGUCGCUACUGGUCAACAACCUGGCCACGCAGUCGGCGCACAUCGAGCAGCUGGUAACGGACUCGUUCUCGACGACGGAGAACGUGGGAGGCGGCAACAAGGAGCUCAAGAAGGCAGCAGAACGGCCGAGCGCGGCUCGGUAUACCUUUUUCGCGGCCAGCGGGCUGUGCGCCUUUCUCGUGAUCUGGGACCUCAUCAUAUGA